AGUGCUUGUGCUUGGAUCUGUUGAAUCGGUGAGUGUAUAGUUAUAUUCUUCCUGUACAUUACUGUAAGUGUGAAAACUUUAUAUGGGAGCCGGUAGGACAUUCAAGGUAGAAGGGAUAAUUAAACAAAUUGGGAGAGACAAAAUAGAAUUCAGACAUCAGUUACCUUAGUGGCUUCCGUUCAUUAACCUUUACUUAUCAUAGAUAUUGGCACGUGACCCUAUCAAGACGAUAGCCAAAUAGGAAUAAAAAAAAACUUAUUACAGUUGAAACUUACGAUCUUUCUUUAAAUUUAACAAUUCAACAAAUCACCUAGUGAAAAUGCAUAGUCAUAAUUCAAACUCAAAAUCGAAUGACGCUGAUACUACGCUAUCGGAGUUGCAAGCUUUCAAAACUUUACUAGAUACUAUAUAUGACGAUGUGUCAAGAGUAUUAGAUUCUUCUCCACCCUCCAGUCCUGAUAAAGUCAAGCGUUCUAAAAAACGCUUGAAAAAAAUUGUGAAAUCCGAGGAUAAAGAUGGAGACGAAGCAGAAGGUAGUGACAUCUCAAACAGAAGAUUUCGAUCUUCAUUUACCAACGAACAAGUUUGGUGUCUAGAGAAGAUGUUCAAGAAGUCCAAAUAUUUAUCUCGUGUAAAAAGAAUUCAUACUGCAAAGAAAUUAGGAAUCAAUGAGAAACAGUUGAAAGUUUGGUUUCAAAAUCGUCGGAUAAAAAACAACAAAGCAUCAAGGCAAGACCAAGACGACAGUGACGAAAUAAGCGACUCAUGUUCCGAUGAAAAUGAGAUAAAAGAAACAAUAAAUUCGUUAGUCGUCGAAGAAGAUGCCACAUCUAGGGGAAUGCAUACAUCGGCUGAGAAUAGUUCAACUGUAGAUCAUCAAGAUCAUCAUCAUCUACCACAAAAUGUUGAGGUGAACACCCAAAUAUACGAUAGUGGUUUUCCAAAUGCCGUCGGCUGUCAAACAUUAUACAACGGGAGUCAACAAAACGGAAACAUGAGCUACACCGAGAACUAUGGUUAUGGUAACUUUAACACCAACGGAUACGAUAGUAAUAAUUAUUGUUACCCUACCGUUAGUAAUAUCAAUAGUAAUAUCGACAAAAAUUACGGUUACCCUACUGUUAGUAAUAUCAAUAGUAAUAUCGACAAAAAUUACGAUUACCCUACCAAUAGUAAUAUCAAUAGUAAUAUCGACAAUAAUUACGGUUACCCUACUGUUAGUAAUAUCAAUAGUAAUAUCGACAAAAAUUACAGUUACCCUACUGUUAGUAAUAUCAAUAGUAAUAGUGACAAAAAUUACGAUUACCCUACCAAUAGUAAUAUCAAUAGUAAUAUCGACAAUAAUUACGGUUACCCUACUGUUAGUAAUAUCGACAAAAAUUACGGUUACCCUACUGUUAGUAAUAUCAAUAGUAAUAUCGAUAAAAAUUACGAUUACCCUACUGUUAGUAAUAUCAAUAGUAAUAUCGACAAAAAUUACAGUUACCCUACUGUUAGUAAUAUCAAUAGUAAUAUCGACAAUAAUUACGGUUACCCUACUGUUAGUAAUAUCAAUAGUAAUAUCGACAAAAAUUACGAUUACCCUACUGUUAGUAAUAUCGACAAUAAUUACGGUUACCCUACUGUUAGUAAUAUCAAUAGUAAUAUCGACAAAAAUUACGGUUACCCUACUGUUAGUAAUAUCAAUAGUAAUAUCGACAAAAAUUACGGUUACCCUACUGUUAGUAAUAUCAAUAGUAAUAUCGACAAAAAUUACGGUUACCCUACUGUUAGUAAUAUCGACAAUAAUUACGAUUACCCUACUGUUAGUAAUAUCAAUAGUAAUAUCGACAAAAAUUACGGUUACCCUACUGUUAGUAAUAUCGACAAUAAUUACGAUUACCCUACUGUUAGUAAUAUCCAUAAUAAUAUCGAUAAUAAUUACGGUUACCCUACCGUUAGUAAUAUCAAUAGUAAUAUCGACAAUAAUUACGGUUAUUAUCCACAACCUGAUGAUAAAUACGCACCGCACAACAACUAUGGAAACUACCAUACGACGACUGAAAUCACUGACAGUGACUUAAACUUACACACAACCGGAGAACGUCAGACUUCAGUUCAAAAUUUGAAUUAUUCUACGAAACCUGAACUAUCAUAUGAUUUAAGCAACGCAAUUACGGAUUUUAAUUUUUAAGCCUUUCGCCUGACAAUUAAGUUAUGAAAACUAUUUAUCAAUUAUUAAGCACUCUAAGACAAAGUGAGUAGUUAAUAUUAGCACACUUGCUAAAUACUGUUUAGACGCCAUAAGCAAUAAAAAACUAUAGCUUUACUUAUAGCCUUAAAAGUUUAACACAUUUUACGUGUGUUGAAAUGAUACGUUCAUAACAAACUUGGCUCUAGAGUGUAUUUAGAUUUUUUAAUUUUUUUAUCAAUUAGCUCCAGUCACAUUAAUUAUUAUUGUACCUGAAAACUCAUAUUGUUAAAAAAUAAAAUACAAAAUAUUUGUCAUAAAUAUUGUAAAAAUUUUAAUUUAUUCAUGCAGUAAAUAUUUUUUUAUUAGAAUAAAUUUC